AUGGGAAGUAGUAGUAAAGAUACAGGAAGUAGAAGUAAAGAUACAGGAAGUAGUAGUAAAGAUACAGGAAGUAGUAGUAAAGAUACAGGAAGUAGUAGUAAAGAUACAGGAAGUAGUAGUAAAGAUACAGGAAGUAGAAGUAGUAGUAAAGAUACAGUAAGCAGUAGUAAAGAUACAGGAAGAAACAGUAGUAAAGAUACAGGAAGUAGUAGUAAAGCUACAGGAAGUAGUAGUAAAGAUACAGGAAGUAGUAGUAAAGAUACAGUAAGUAGUAGUAAAGAUACAGGAAGUGACAUCUCCAUCCUCCUCAUCCUCAUCCUCAGCAUCUUCAUCACAAUGCAGCUUCUUCCAAAGUGCUGA